GUUCCUGGGCGAGGCUCACGUGCCCCUGCGCGAGGUGCUGUGUGCCCCAGCACUCGCAGCCACCUUCAACCUGCCCCUGCUCGAUGCCCGCGGCCACAGCACCGGGGCCUUACUGCUGCUGCAGGUGUCCUACAUCCCCCCACCGGGCGCUGUCCCCCCAUGUGUCCCCAUGGCCCCCCCGGAGCCACCACCCCCUGCUGCUGACCUGGACAUGGGCACUGAGCCAUCCGGACAGGAGGACAUGGAGGACCAGGUGGUGCCAGGGGACGAGACGGAGCCUUCAUCCUCCUCGGGGCCACCAGGGGUUGAACCACCUCAGAUGCCCCAGAGGCCCUCCUUGACCCACCUGCAUGGGGGGAAGAGGAGGAGGACCUCAACUAAAAAGCCUUUGGCCAACAAGCCACAGGAUUUCCAGAUCAGAGUGAGGGUGAUUGAGGCUCGGCAGCUUCCUGGGGUCAACAUCAGGCCCGUGGUGAAGGUGACAGCUGCAGGACAGACCAAGAGAACACGGAUCCGCAAAGGCAACAGCCCCUGCUUUGAUGAGACCUUCUUCUUCAAUGUCUUCGAGUCACCAUCAGAGCUGUUUGAUGCUCCAAUCUUCCUCACGGUCGUGGAUUCUAGGUCAUUCCGCAUGGACUCGGUGCUUGGGGAGUUCAGGAUGGACGUGGAGACAGUUUACUCAGAGCCAAAACAUGCUUUCCUCAGGAAGUGGCUCCUCCUCUCUGACCCUGAGGACUUCUCUGCAGGGGCCAAGGGGUAUCUGAAGGUCAGCGUCUUCGUGCUGGGACCUGGAGAUGAAGCUCCUCUGGAAAAAAAGGAGGUCUCUGAGGAGAAGGAAGACAUUGAGGCCAACCUCCUGCGCCCCACUGGGGUUACUUUGCGUGCUGCCAAUUUCUGCCUCAAGAUCUUCAAGGCCGAAGAUCUGCCACAAAUGGAUGAUGCUGUGAUGGACAAUGUCAGGCAGAUCUUUGGCUUUGAGAGCAACAAGAAGAACCUGGUGGAUCCCUUUGUGGAGGUCACCUUUGCUGGCAAGAUGCUCUAUUCGAGGAUUCUGGAGAAGAAUGCCAACCCCCAGUGGAACCAGUGCCUGACUCUACCAGCCAUGUUCCCUUCCAUGUGUGAGAAGAUGAGGAUCCGUGUGACUGACUGGGACCGUGUGACACACAACGAUGUCAUCGGCACUGCUUACCUGGCCAUGUCCAAGAUCUCAGCCCCUGGAGGGGACCUGGAGGGUAAGGAGGGGCAGCAGGGUGGGCCUCUGAAGGCCUCAGACCUGGAUGAUGGACUUGGAUUCCUACCAACCUUUGGCCCUUGCUACGUCAACCUCUAUGGCAGCCCCAGGGAGUUCACUGGCUUCCCUGACCCCUAUGAGACCCUCAACUUGGGAAAGGGCGAGGGAGUGGCAUAUCGUGGCAGGAUCCUGGUGGAGCUGGAGACCAAACUGGUGGAGCAUGUGGAGCAGAAGGUGGAGGAUAUUUCUGCAGAUGACAUCCUGAGGGUGGAGAAGUACCUCCGGCGCCGGAAGUACUCCCUGUUCGCUGCCUUCUACUCGGCCACCAUGCUGCAGGAUGUGGCUGACGCCAUCCAGUUUGAGGUCAGCAUCGGCAACUACGGCAACAAGUUUGACACCACCUGCUUGCCCUUGGCCUCCACCACCCAGUACAGCCAGGCUGUCUUCGAUGGGUGUCAAUACUACUACCUGCCCUGGGGCAACGUGAAACCUGUGGUGGUGCUGUCAUCCUACUGGGAGGACAUCAGCUACAGGACUGACGCCCAGAACCUGCUCCACCAUGCAGCAGACAGGCUGGAAGCAAACCUGGAGAAGCUGCAGGUGGCUCUGAAGUCCAAACGUUCUCCCAGUGAGUUGGAGGCCUUGGCAGGACAACUCCUGAAUGAUGUCAUUGCUGACUGCAGCCUGUCCCUUCCUGAUGUCUUUGGAAGAGCAUCCAGCACCCACCUGGACCAGAAGAUGUUCCAGUUCCGCAAUUCCCACCUGGAGAAGAUUCAGAAGGAAGCUCUGAAGCUCAAACAUGAAGACCUGAACCUGUCGGUGGUCCUGGAGCAGGCUGAGGACUGGUUAUCCCACCUCAGGGCCAUGGCAGAGGAGCCCCAGAACAGUCUCCCUGACAUCGUGAUCUGGAUGCUGCAGGGACACAAACGUGUGGCCUAUGCUCGUGUUCCUGCUCACGAGGUCCUCUUCUCCAGGAACAUCUCCAACUGCUGUGGCAGGAACUGUGGGAAGCUCCAGACCAUCUUCCUCAAGUACCCCCAGGAGGAAGCCAUGGGGCCACGGAUCCCAGCGCAGAUUCGGGUGCAGCUCUGGUUUGGACUCGCAGUGGAUGAGAAGGAAUUCAACCAGUAUGCCGAGGGGAAACUCUCUGUCUUUGCCGAGACUUAUGAGAACCAGACCAAGCUGGCACUGGUGGGCAACUGGGGCACCACUGGCCUGACCUAUCCCAAGUAUUCUGAUGUUACUGGCAAGAUCAAACUGCCUAAGGACAGCUUCAGGCCCUCCACGGGAUGGACCUGGGCUGGAGACUGGUUCAUCUGCCCAGAGAAGACGUUGCUGCAUGAUGUGGACUCAGGACACCUGAGCUUUGUGGAGGAGGUGUUUGAGAACCAGGUCCGUCUCCCUGGAGGACAGUGGAUCCACAUGACUGAGCCCUACACUGAUGUGAAUGGGGAGAAGGUCCUGCCUAAGGAGGAGAUUGAAUGUACUGCAGGUUGGAAGUGGGAAGAUGUGGAGUGGGACAUAGACCUCAACAGAGCUGUGGAUGAGAAAGGCUGGGAGUAUGGCAUCACCAUCCCACCAGACCGCAAGCCCAAGGCCUGGGUGCCAGCUGAGAAGAUGUAUCACACCAACCGGCGCCGACGCUGGGUGCGGCUCCGACGAAGGGACCUGGCACAGAUGGAGGCAAUGAGGAAGCACAAGCAGGAGGAUAUGGAUGGAGAAGGUUGGGAAUAUGCUUCCCUCUUUGGCUGGCGCUUCCACCUCAAACAGCGCCGCACGGAUGCCUUCCGCCGCCGGCGCUGGAGACGCAGGAUGGAACCCCUGGAGCUCACUGGAGCUGCUGCUGUCUUUGCCUUGGAAGGAGCUCUGGGAGGAGUGACAGAUGACAAGAGUGAUGAUGGCAAAUCUAUGUCCACCCUCAGUUUUGGUGUCAACCGACCAACCAUCUCCUGCAUCUUUGACUGUGGGAACAGGUACCACCUCCGCUGCUACCUGUACCAGGCACGAGACCUCAUGGCCAUGGACAAGGACAGCUUCUCAGAUCCUUAUGCCAUUGUCUCCUUCCUCCACCAAAGCCAGAAGACAGUGGUGGUCAAGAACACCCUCAACCCCAUGUGGGACCAGACCCUCAUCUUCUAUGAGAUUGAGAUCUUUGGGGACCCUCAGAAGGUGUCUGAGUCUCCUCCCAACGUUGUGGUGGAGAUAUAUGACCAUGACACCUACGGAGCAGAUGAGUUCAUGGGACGCUGCAUCUGCAGGCCCAGCCUGGAACGUUCCCCACGGCUCUCCUGGCAUCCCAUCCUCAAGGCCAACAGGAAUGUGGGGGAGCUGCUGGCUGCCUUUGAGCUCAUCCAGAGGGAGAAGCCUGCUAUCCAUCACAUCCCAGGAUUUGAGGUAAUGACUGUCCUUAGGAUCCUGGAUGAGUCUGGAGACUCUGACCUACCCUACCCUCCACCCCAGCGGGAGCCCAACAUCUACAUGGUCCCACAGGGCAUCAAACCUGUCCUACAGCGCACGGCCAUUGAGAUCCUGGCCUGGGGGCUGAGGAACCUCAAGAGCUACCAGCUGGCCAGUGUCACCUCUCCCAGCCUGCUGGUGGAGUGUGGGGGGCAGCUGGUGCAGUCCUGUGUCAUCAGGAAUGUCAAGAAGAACCCCAACUUUGAUGUCUGUGUGCUCUUCAUGGAAGUGCGUUUGCCCAAGGAGAGCCUCUACAGUCCUCCCAUCAUCAUCAAGAUCAUUGACAACAGACCCUUUGGCCGAAGGCCUGUGGUGGGACAGUGCACCAUCCGCUCACUGGAGGACUUCUACUGUGACCCCUACCACGAGGAGACAGGUGGAACCCAGGAACACACAGAUGAUGUGAGCCUCACGCCCAGGGAUGAUGUCCUCAUUGACAUCGAUGACAGAGAGCCUCUGAUUCCUGUCCAGCUUGCCGAGGGCAUGACGAGCUCAGCACUAAUUAACAUCCCAACAUCGCUGCCUCAUGAGGAAGAGUUCAUUGACUGGUGGAGCAAGUUCUAUGCUUCCACGGGAGAGAGGGAAAAGUGUGGAUGUUACUUGGAGAGAGGAUUUGACACCCUCAAGGUGUAUGAGAUGGAGCUGGAGAAUGUGGAGGACUUCGAGCACCUCUCAGAUUUCUGCCACACCUUCAGGCUCUACCGAGGGAGGGCACAGGACUCCAGCGACGACCCAUCCGUGGUGGGCGAGUUCAAGGGUUCCUUCAAGAUCUAUCCUCUCCCCGAUGACCCACGGGUCCCACUGCCUCCUCGGCAGUUCCACCAGCUCCCGGCCAGAGGCCCUCAGGAAUGUCUCCUCAGGGUCUACAUCAUCAGAGCCUUCGACCUCCAGCCCAAGGACUCCAAUGGAAAGUGUGAUCCCUACGUGAAGAUUUCAGUGGGAAAGAAAUCCAUAAAUGACCAGGAGAAUUACCUGCCCUGCACGGUGGAGCCUGUGUUUGGGAAGAUGUUUGAGCUGAGCUGCACUUUGCCCCUGGAGAAGGACCUGAAGGUCACCCUCUAUGACUAUGACCUCCUGUCAAAGGAUGAGAAGAUUGGGGAGACCAUCAUAGACCUGGAGAAUCGGUUCCUGUCCAAGUAUGGGGCCCGUUGUGGCCUCCCCCAAACCUAUUGUGUCUCUGGCCCCAACCAGUGGAGAGACCAACUCCGACCUUCCCAGCUGCUCCACCUCUUCUCCCUGCAGCACAACUACAAGGCUCCCACCUACAUGUCUGACCGAAUCAUCUUCAGGGAUCAGGAGUACAUCCUCUCUGAGCUGGAGGAUGGCAAAGCCCCAAACCCCCACUUGGGGCCAGUGGAGGAGCGACUUGCCCUGUGUGUCCUGAGGAAACAGGGGCUGGUGCCGGAGCAUGUGGAGACCAGACGCCUCUACAGCCCUCUCCAGCCAGAGAUCGAGCAGGGAAAGCUACAGAUGUGGGUGGAUUUGUUCCCCAAAUCCCUGGGACAGCCUGGGCCUCCUUUCAACAUCUCUCCACGCAAAGCAAAGAGAUUCUACUUGCGCUGCAUCAUCUGGAACACAAAGGAUGUCAUCCUUGAUGACCUCAGCAUCACUGGGGAGAAGAUGAGUGACAUCUACGUCAAAGGCUGGCUGGUGGGGCAUGAGGAGAACAAGCAGAAGACAGAUGUGCACUACAGGUCCAUGGGGGGAGAGGGAAACUUCAACUGGAGGUUCAUCUUCCCCUUCGACUACCUCCCAGCUGAGCAGAUGUGUUAUGUGGCCAAGAAGGAGCAUUUCUGGAGCUUGGACAAGACAGAGAACAAGAUUCCACCACAGCUCAUCUUCCAGAUCUGGGACAAUGACAAGUUCUCCUUUGAUGACUAUUUGGGCUCAAUUCAGAUGGAUCUCAACAAGAUGCCCAAACCUGCCAAGACAGCUGAGAAAUGCUCCUUGGAGCUUCUAGAUAAUGCUUUGUCCUCCAGUCGCUUCGUGUCCCUCUUUGAGCAGAAGACAGUCAAGGGCUGGUGGCCAUGUGUGGCUGAGCAGGAGCAGAAGAAGAUUCUGGCGGGCAAACUAGAGAUGACUCUGGAAAUUGUGGCAGAACAGGAACAUGAGGAACGACCAGCAGGUGUGGGGAGGGAUGAGCCCAACAUGAACCCCAGGCUGGAGGACCCCAAGCGCCCAGAAACCUCCUUCCUGUGGUUCACCUCUCCCUACAAGACCCUGAAGUACAUCCUGUGGAGGAGGUACAAGUGGGUGCUGCUCCUCACCAUCCUCCUUCUCAUCGUGCUGCUCUUCCUGGGAAUCUUCAUCUAUGCCUUCCCGAACUAUGCUGCUAUGAAACUGGUCAAGCCUUUCAACUGA